UGGAGGUGCCGUGGCUCUCUGUGUUUUUCUCCAAUUGGUAACGUCUCUUGUGUACAUUACGGAGAAUCAUAUUCAUAGGGACCAAACACAACAAAUGAUGAAAUCAAAUAACCCACUCUGUUCUGUUCCAAUUUCCUAACUUGAGAGCCAAACAAAACAAACGGGGUUUUGGGAAUUGAACGAGAAAAUCUAAACUGGGAAAUGAAAUGAAACGCUUAGCUUUUGUAACUCGCCGAGUCGUGACUCGUUAGCUUUUUAAUAACAUUUUCAUAUAUGUCAAGUUGAGGUUUUUUUUUUUCAAGGUUUAAAAAAAAAAACCAUUGUUUGACUCAAAAAGCAGAGAAGAGUGUGGACUAGAGAAUAGGGAGUGAUGGCGAAGUAGAUCUGAAAGGUGAAGAAUUUGAGUAGGUGAAGCCCAAAGUUUUCAACUUUGAAUUAAAGGGUCAUCAAAUGCUUUAACGUUUUGGUUUUUUUCUGCCUUCCGACACUCUCAGAAAAUGCCGCACCCUUCUUUCCACAAGCUUCUUCUACCCUCCACUGUCCAACCCAACCAACAACUGAGGCUUCCAGAUAAUUUUAUGAGGAAAUAUGGGGGUGAACUAUUGCCAAUUGUUACCCUCUCUGUUCCUGAUGGUAGUGUCUGGCGUGUAGGAUUGAAAAAGGCAGACAACAAGUAUUGGUUCCUUGAUGGUUGGAAAGAGUUUGUUAAACACUAUUCAAUUAGCAUUGGAUACUUGUUGGUAUUCAAAUACGAAGGAAAGUCAUCUUUCAGUGUCCAUAUUUUUAAUUUGGCUACCUCUGAGAUAAACUAUCAAUCAGCCACGCGAAGCAGUAAUGAAGGGCUUCACUUCACAAAUCGUCUUAAAUUAUUUGAAGAAAUGGAAGAUGAAGAUUCCAUUGAAAUCUCGGAUUCAUCACCUUCCCACCUUGCUCCCAGUUCAUUGCAAAAUCAAGCUCUUACUGGAUCAGUAGAUAAAAUGAUGCCUGGGAAGAGUUAUACACCUCCAGCAUUGCAGAAUCUGUUCAAUGGAUCUAAACUUAAUAGCAUAAACUGGGGAGAGGGUGGUAAUGCCCAUUCUUCAAGAAUUGCCAAUUCACUAGAUAAUCGAUUGACCAGAGACAUAGGACUUCAGUUUAAUGCAGUCGAGUUUAAAAGAUCUACUGAAGAAUUGAAAUUGCGUGCUUCCAUGGAGGAAAGGAUGAAAAAAACUACAAGAAAGAAGCGAAAAUCAGUUUGUGCAAGUGCAGAUGGCCAAGAUCCCUCUGCUGAACACGAAGAGGAGGUAGAAAUGCGCUUGAGAUUUUAUGAAAGUGCUUCUGCAAGAAAAAGAACUGUAACAGCAGAAGAAAGAGAGAGGGCCAUCAAUGCAGCAAAAGCAUUUGAACCACCUAAUCCUUUCUGUCGGGUUGUCCUGCGGCCAUCCUAUUUAUAUAGGGGAUGCAUAAUGUAUCUGCCAUCCUGCUUUGCAGAAAAGCAUUUGAAUGGAGUUUCAGGGUUUAUUAAACUUCAGAUCUCUAAUGGGAGACAGUGGCCUGUUCGCUGCCUCUAUAGAGGAGGUAGAGCCAAGUUAAGCCAGGGGUGGUUUGAAUUUUCAUUAGAGAACAAUUUAGGGGAAGGUGAUGUCUGUGUGUUUGAGCUGCUUAGAAUGAAAGAAGUAGUGCUGCAAGUUACUGUCUUUCGUGUUAUUGAGGAUGUGGGAUUGUUGAGCCCUCCUUUGCAGCAGAACCAAAACAUGAGCUCGGCUAAAAUGCUGAACACUCCCUUGCAGCAACACCUCACUUCGACUAAAAUGGUUAGAAAUCAGCAGCAGGUUCAUUCCUGAUAGUUCAACUGUAUCAAAAUAACUCCUUGCUUCUGUGUGGAACUUAGAUGCUUUUUCUGUCCAACAUUUCAGGGUGACUUGAGUGGAACAUAGUAAUUAUAGUUUUGAUACCUUUUGUUUCCCUUUUGACUUGGGUUGUAAAUAGAUUGUUCAAUCUAGCUGAUUAGAAACCGAAUCAAUGCUUGUCCUAUUGUUUAUCUUGGUUUUAAUUUAUUUUUUUCUGUUUGGAGAUAAAUUAUAUAGCUUCUUCUGCAUGA